AUGUCAAACAAUACGAAGGAACUGAGCGCAUGUGGUGUUUGGAGAGCAUGCAACAAAAUUCGAGCUGCUGUAGGACGGAUUCAUAUUAAUUUUUGGGACUAUUUUAUACCUCUUGAUACUCAGAACAAUAACUUGAUAUCAGAAUCUUGUUUUAUCAACGUUUUGUCGGGGCCCUUGGGAAUUUUAAUUGGACUUUCAAACCAAGAAGUUUGCGAAAUCGCUGACUAUUUUCGCACUCAAGAUGGACGGAUUUCUUAUACGCAAUUCUGUACUACUAUACACGAAAAUAAUCCCGAUUUUGCUGAUUUUCUUCAAAUCAGUGGGCAAGAAUGGGAAGACCCACUUCAAACUAAUUGUCUCAGUCCUUCCGAGCAAAGAAGAUUAGAAAUCGUAAUAACAAACAUAGUGUCUCUUAUCAAUCGACGGAAACUCUCAUUACGUCCUUAUUUUCAAGAUUAUGAAUUGAUAUCAAAAAAUUGUGGAGUGGUGACGUUUGCUCAUUUUGCAAGAGUUUUACACUUCUUGAAUAUUACUUUGGCCCCUGAAGAAAUGAAUUUACUUUUAAAAAAAUUUGCAAAAGAUAGUUAUACAGUAAACUAUGUUGCCUUUAUACAAGUUGUCGAAGAAAUUCAGGCCUUUUUUGAGAAAAAAGGUCUUUUUGACAAAGGAGGAAAUUUAUUAGAAAAUUUUCCUGGAAGAAUAAUAUCGGUUAAAUUACCAAAAUUACCGCGGCCAGAAGUCGGUAAAAUAAGGACAGCUUGCGUAUUUCCACAGCAACUUCAUUUUUUACCAAUCGACAGAAGUUCAAAAAGAUUACGCAGUAUUCACGAAGUUAUGUUAAGGAUCCAAGAUCAUGUUUACAAAAAUCAUAUUCGAGUGGCCAUGUAUUUUCAGGAUUUUGACACAUUUAAUGUUGGAAGAAUAUCUGAGCAUCAGUUCCGUAGAGGUUUAGAUGCUCUCUGUGAUUCUGCUCUUGGUAAACUUUAUAUAUCCAAUGAUGAAAUACAAAAUUUAAUAAGCUUUUAUAAAGACCCGAAUGAGAUGGAGAGAGUAUGUUGGAGGACUUUUGAAGAUGAUGUUGAACAAGUGUUUACGGUGAAACAUCUUCAGAAACAUCCAAAUUGUAAAGUAAGUGCUCCUCCUGACGAAAUAAAGUCAUUGCCUCGAAAAGGCUUUCAAGAAUGGGAUUGCACUGAGCUACCAAAAAUAGUGCCAGACGAAACGAUGGAAAAAUUGUAUGGUCAGACUAUAAGAAAAAUCAUGCUGCGAACAAAAGAAAGACAAUUUUCUUUAAGGCAGUACUUACGAGACCAUGACAAACACAAUAGAGGCCACAUUUCUCGAGCACAACUUCGUCGAGUUUUAGCGAUUGCAGCAAUCCCCCUCACUCACGAUGAAAUUUUAUCUUUGGAAUAUAAAUUUAACGACGAUCUUGGAUUUCAAUACUUAAAUUUCUUAAAUGAUUUAACAAAGUCUUUGAAUGACUCGUUGACUACUGAAAAAAAACUAGACCAUACACCAGAUAUUUCCAUGACUACCAAUAGCCAAACCAAAGAUAAAAACAUAGACCUGAUUCUGGCUAAAAUAAGAGCUAAAGUUGUUUGCAACGGAAUCAAGGUCAACGAAUUUUUCCGGAAAUUUGAUACCAGAAAUGUUAGAUCAAUAACAAAGAAGGAAUUUCACCGUGGACUAGAUCAAUUAAAGUGUGAGCUAACAGUUUCGGAAGUUAAUACCCUUAUGGAUAACUACACCGUGGCUAACAGUCCUGAAAAAGUUGAUUACUGGAAAUUCACUGACGAAGUUGAGGGGGCCAUGGCACAAGGAUAUAUGGAAAAGUCUCCUUUGGUCAGUCCAGUUCAGCAUGUACCAUCUGAAUCAACCCCCCGUUCUUUUCUUAAUUUUGACGAGCGACGCAUUCUCAUACGAGUGCUCGACUUACUUGCUUCUAACAGCGGAAACUUGGAAGACACUUUUAAGGAUUUUGAUAAAAAAUUACACACUGGAGCUGUAUCGAAAAACCAAUUAAUGAGAGCUUUGAGUAUGAAUAAGCUUCUCACAGCCAUUAGCGUGAAAGAGACCGACAUUUUAUUCAAAUGCUUCACGGUGGGCCAUAUGGAAACAGAUCCAAAAUUCGAUUACAUUUCUUUGAUAAGCGUCUUGAAUGUUUUACGGGAGAAUCGAAGUGUUUAA